AUGCACAGUAUUCCGUUCCGGUUGUUUGUUGUGAACGAGUUGGAUCUGCAAGAUCCCCAUCGAAGUAAGCAAUACAUCGGACACCCACUCGGCGUCGUCGAUGAAUACGAGUGCCAGCCUCUGUGGAAAUCUAAAGCAUCGAUACCCCAGUGGCGCCACGUACCCGCAGGAGCUGGGGUUGAUUCUGCUUUCAGGUCCACGCACAGCGAUAAAGUCUAUUCGGUUGAGUGUGGAUUGCACUCGGGCCCCAUCCCAAACAAGCCUCUUGUCUGGGAAGCAUGUUCGUCGGCAAUGCUAAACACAGUCGAAAAACUUGACAGGAUGGCUUCCUUGGAUAUUCGCGAGUGCUCAUUCCUCAAGCUUGUUAUUCACGCACCCCACAAAAGCUCUCGCAACCAAUCCCACCAGGUUGCUCUGGAAAACAUUGAGCUGCUCGGGUUAGCCGAAGAUUUAAAUCUUUCACGGGCUGUACCUGGCGGCAACAAUGAUUCCAAUCGUGUCUUUGGUCGCAUCCACCGUCCCGAACUGCUUCACCCCGCAGAUGGCAACGAUGAAUUGCAAGACGUAUUGCUAGAUGCGGGCAUCCCUAUGGAUCUUGUAGCUCGGCUUAUAAGCAUAUCUGAAGCUAAAAUGCCGGCUUUACCUCUCGAAGAUUGCAAGUCACAAGUCGCUGACAACAGCGAAGCGGUUCCUGAAUCGAGUUCUGAAGGCAAAACAUCCGUGGCUCUUCCUGGUAGUCCUUCUGCCGGCGUAUUGGAAACAAACGACGACGACAGAGAAAUUCCUUCACCGUUUGACUGUUUACUACGACAAUAUGUCGAACAAGCAGCACUGGAAAAAGCUGUGCUCGAGGAUAUUCUUGCUACAAAACUGUGUGAGCGCAAAGACGACGUAUCCACCUGGCAAACUCCAACGAUCUCCCCGACUGAUCCUGCAAACACUGCCGAGAUCACGCUGUAUACAUUUGGAGUUUUCUUCACGCAGUGCUUGCUUUGCGGUGGAUCGGAUAUCCAAGUGAUGUGUGUACAAAUGGCGGAACGUUCUGCUCGAUUGCUAGUACAGGUUAUUGGACCCACCCCCGUGUUUGAGGGCAUGGUAGCGCUUAUCGUCCUCGCUAUUCGGGAAGCGGAAUCGCCGCAAGUCUUUCAAGCUGCGGUUCAUCUAGCACAUAGCGUGUUCCUGACCAAGGUGACCAACACAAAGAACGAAAUAUUUCAAACGCAGUUACCGACACCUGAAAGUACUGCUGCGUCAACAAACACUGUAGCUCUCGGGCUAAUCGACGAUAUUUCUCGCGCCAAUUGGAGCUACGGACUUCGGAUUAUUCUCGAGUGGAGUCUCGCAAGCCCUUUUUGCUGGCUGAUUACUGCUCAGUGUGGAGGAAAAACUUCACAACGUACCAGUUCAUGUAGGCACAACCCUUCGUUUCGGUCUGCAAAUGCACCACCAUCGAUAGAUAGGGGAUUCCUCCAGUUCGUUCGCCUGCUGAUCGAACAAGAUUUAAGUCGAGUCAGCUUCUUUGACGAGCUUCUUGAUCUUGAGCCUGCAGAUACUGUGGCUGGGUCGAUUAUCGCGACAAACCGGUUACGAUUGUUCCGCUUAGUGUUGCGAAAUGAAAUAAUUCGCUGUCAGCUCUCGAAGAAUGUGAGCAAUGGCAUCCAAAGUCUUUGCAGCAGAUAUGUAGACUCUGCAAGCACAACGGGUGAUCUAUCUCGUGGGGUUAAUAAUGAUGUGUUGCGGCUUGCUACGGAAUGCUUGAACGAGAUCAACCGGACAAAUUCGAGCUCACCCCAAAUCAAUGCCAGCAAAACCUACACGAAGUCUGUCCGCAAACACAUCGAAGACUUAAAUAAUUCCCACAGCCAUCACACUCAUUGCCAUCGCCAUAUUCCACUGUUCAUUCAAGAUCCCCUCACGAAUGCCGAGGCUGCCACGUUCGCGACACAUUUACAGCGAUACUUUGUGUCCCAGCCUCGCCCUAAUGCGCUUUAUCGACAUGCAUUUGUUCGUGCGAAUGAAUUAGUUCCGGUUGUGGAUGGAGAGAAUUCGGUUGAAUCGUUUCGUAAAGGCAACAUCACUUUUGAAGGACACGUUAUCGCAAGAACGCCAUCAAACGAGACUUUUCACGACAAAAUCCAGCGAAACGCAGCUCCGUUUGUGUUCGACAUUGACACUUCGAUUCCCAAGAAGCCACCCACGACGCAUUCCUCUCAACCAGCAGACAAGCAACAAGUUGUGUCUAGUUUUGCUACAUUUCGAGGAGUAAUCGAAAAGCGAAGUGACCCUCCAAAACGACCAAGUAAAGUUUCUUCAGCCGAAACUGCACAAAUUACACCGACCGCACCAACUCCAAGAACCACAUUCAAGACGACCACUGAGCCAUCCGUGAAGAUUGAAGAACCUACGACUUCCUCUGCUACCAGAACCCCUUUCACCAAUAGUGCUGAUGCAGAUAUGGCAAAGAGCACAGUUCGGGGUAUGAAUUCCCCACCAAACAGUACACCCGCGCAUCAAAUGCUUUCACCGUCCUCACCGCUUGACAACCAUCCUGCGGCAGUUGCUGCUGCUGUUGAACAAGCCAAAGCGAAACCCGACGACAAAAAACAGUUAAACAAUUCUAAGCCGCCUGACCGAACCAAGAAAGACGCAGGCAAAGGGAAAGCAAAAAGCAAAAACCCUGACAACUGCGUGCUACAAUAA